AGAGUGCUUACUAUUGUACAAGCCCAUUGCAAACUGGGUCUAACGGCCACGCUUGUUCGUGAAGAUGACAAAAUUACUGAUCUCAAUUUUUUAAUUGGUAAGACGUUAAAGGCUGGUCAUAUUGCAAAGGUACAGUGUGCAGAAGUUUGGUGCCCGAUGACCUCCGAAUUUUACGCUUAUUAUUUGAGGGCUCAAAUUGCUCGACGUUUAUUGCUGGCCGUAAUGAACCCCAACAAGUUCCGUAUUUGCCAGUUUCUCAUCAAAUUUCACGAACGCAGAAAUGAUAAGAUCAUUGUCUUCUCUGACAACGUCUUUGCCCUCAAAAAGUAUGCAAUAGAAAUGAAUAAGCCUUUCCUCUAUGGCGAGACGAGUCAGAAUGAGCGAAUGAAAAUUCUGCAAAACUUCCAGUACAAUCCUCGUGUAAAUACCAUAUUCGUGUCAAAGGUUGCUGAUACAUCAUUUGAUUUGCCAGAAGCAAACGUUCUUAUUCAAGUUUCUGCACAUGGUGGUUCAAGACGACAGGUUAGUCAGUGA